GAGAGAGUGAGAGAAGAAGCGACAAGAGUAGUAACACAAGAAGCAAACAAAGCAACACAAAAAUCUUUCCAUUUCCCAAUCAAACGCCUCAUCUCAUCUCAUCUCAUCUCUUCUCUUCUCUUUUUUCACUAACAAACACUUUUCUGCCUUACUUUUCUUCUUCAAUUCAUCCAAGAACUACAAUCACAACCACGAAUCUCCCAAUAAUCUCUGCACAAUCUGGUUUCACCAUAUAUAUAUAUAAUCAAAUUAUCUUACCUGAAUCGUUAUUAUUGUUUAUUAUAUAUUUGUACAGACUUUAUGUGGUUCUUUGCGUCCACUACCGCCAUAACAAUAUCCUCACUGCUUUUUCUUCGUUCGAGCAGGGAUUUUGAGUGGUUAUCUUGACAGAAUUAUUAAGAGUUAAUAAGAGAAUGAAUCACUGCGUACCCGAUUUCGAAAUGGAUGAUGAUUACUCAACUCAUCCCAAUUCUUCCGGACACUCUCGUCCUCCCAGAAAAUCUUUUCUUCCAGAGGACGAUAUUAUGGAGCUUCUAUGGCAGAACGGUCAGGUAGUCACACAAAGCCAGAACCAGAGAUCAUCAUCGGCGAUGAGAAAAUUAUCGCCUCCGUUUAAAUACGAUGCUGUACCGCCUGCCGACAUGGAAAGUAGGUUAUCGCAAGCACAAGCUCAUCAUAAUCAUCUACAUCUCCAAGAACAGCAACAGCAUCUUUUUAUGCAGGAAGAUGAAAUGUCUUCCUGGCUUCAUCAUCCUCUCGUUGAAGAUCCUCAAUUCUCCGCCGACUUGUUUUACCCUCAGCUCAGCGAAACCACCACCACCACCGCCACGAACUCAACUCCUCCUCUUCCUAUGCGCCUUAGUCAAUUUUCCGAGAUCAGGCCACCACCGCCGCCGCCGGUUUCCAUGGCCUGUAGGCCACCUAUACCUCCAGCUAGAACGACGGAGAAUUUCGGUCACUUCUCUAGGCUCGCUAAACCGUCGACGGUUGAAUUCAACCCGUCCUGUUCGAAAACCGCGGUGGAUUCGUGCGAUACGCCGGCGGCGGUCGGUCCCAAUCUGAGAAGCCCCGAGGAUACAUCGUUCGGUAAUUUAGGUGAAGGAGGAGAGGGGAAGGAGAUUCGAUGCGAAGUGACUGUAAUUUCAUCUCCGGGAGACUCGAGCGCCAGCGCAGAACCACUACUAGCGGCGAAAACAAUGGCGGCGAGCGAUGAUCGGAAGAGAAAAGGAGUGGAAAUAGACGACGCCGAGUGUCAGAGCGAGGAAGUUGAGUUUGAAUCUGGCGAUGGAAAGAAACAUGCACGUGGGGCAUCUACAAAAAGAUCUCGUGCUGCCGAGGUCCAUAAUCUCUCUGAAAGGAGACGUCGAGAUAGGAUAAACGAAAAGAUGAAGGCUUUGCAAGAACUUAUACCUCGUUGUAACAAGUCUGACAAAGCUUCAAUGCUGGAUGAGGCAAUAGAAUACUUGAAAUCUCUACAGCUACAAGUGCAGAUGAUGUCAAUGGGUUGCGGCAUGGUCCCGAUGAUGUUUCCCGGAAUGCAACAAUACAUGCCACCAAUGGGAAUGGGAAUCGGAAUGGGCAUGGGCAUGGGAAUGGAAAUGGGAUUGAACCGACCUAUUAUGCCCUUUCCAAAUGUGUUAGCUGGUUCACCAAUGUCUCCACCAGCUACAGCAGCUCAUUUGGGACCAAGGUUUCCUAUGCCAGCCUUUCAUAUGCCCCCUGUGCCUACAACUGAGCCACCCAGAGGUCAAGCAACUAACCAGUUAGAUUAUAUGUUUCAGCCAUUUCCCACACCACAAAAUCCAAAUCAGUCACGGGUGCCAAAUUUUCCUGAUCCUUACCAACAGUAUUUUGGUUCACAACAGAUGCAAUUGCCAUUACAGCAGAACCCAGCAAUGGUCCAACCGAGUACCAGCAAACCGAGUACUAGUAGGGGACCUGAAAAUCCAGAAAAUCAUCAAUCAGGUGGGCUCCUGUAUCUCAUUAUUAUUCUCUCUCCUCAUAAAAAUACAAGGUUAGGUUAGUUAGGAUAGCAGAGGUCAACAUGCAGGCAUGGUACAGAGCCUGCCGUCUUGCCCAAUUCAUUGUAAUUAUUUUUAUUCAAUUUUUAUUUAUUUGGUAGGAUAGCUCAUAACUCCUCCUAGCUGGCUCUGUUUAGAGUUUUUAGAAAAGGUCAUGUGGCUCUGUUUCUGAUUUGGUCGACAUAGGUGAUAAGUUAUCGUGCAUUGCAUAGUAGUAUAUAUAUAUAUAGUAAGUGGAGGAUAUGAUAUCAUUUACUAUAUACUAAAACUUUUUUGGCAUUGCAGGUUGAAAGAUUUAGGGGUAGGAAUAUUUUAAAGAAGGGCUCUUUUGUUGCCUGAAGUUUUGUAGUGUAAAAGAGAGAAGUUCUCAUCAAGGAGUAGAGUAGAUUCCUUGGCUGGCUAAUCCCAUAAUAGAACACACCUAAAUUAACAUGUAAUUAUUACAAAGCUCACAGCAAUAAAUCUCUACCAUUUUCCAAUUUGGUGUGUGUACUAUGUGUGUUGUUAUAUUUUUAUUUAGUUUUCUUAUUUUCCA